CAUCUACUCUUUGAGCUAGCAUCUCCCUGAAACGCCGUCUAAACUUUGUCUAUUUCCAGGACUCCAGUUGUAGGUAUCACAUGCUGACGGAAUAAUGGCUUUUAGAAAGAAUAACGACGAUAAAGGGUCCAACUAUCAGCUCUCAUUGGUCAAGACAAGAUUAAAUGAUGUUGAAUCAGAGCUGGAAGAAGAAAAGGCCACUCGUACCGCGGCUGAAAGAAGAUGCGAGGAACUCGAGCAAGAGAUGGAUCUUCUUCAGGAACAGCUGGAUGAAACUGGCGGUCCAAAUGCAGCACAGGCAAGCAAGAAGAAGGACGACGAAAUCAUCAGGCUCAAAACGACAGUACGAGACAUGGCAACUGAUCACGAGGAAUCACUAACAUCGUUGCGCACUAAGUUUAAUCAACAAAUUUAUCAACUGAGUGAAGAGGUGGAGGCUCAGAAGAAGUCAAAGGCAAGAAUUGACAAGGAAAAAACAUCAUUGGCAGACGAAUGCAGUGAGCUCAAUGCAGAGGUUAAUAUUCUGUCAAGAACCAAGGAAAGCCUUGAAAAAGAGCACAAAACAAUGAGCGAACAGGUCAUAGACUACAAGUUGAAGCUGAAUGAGGCGGAGAACAAAGUGAGGGAACUGGAAACUUUCAAGAAAAUUCACGAAAAGGAUAUAAAAAAGUUGGAAGGCGAGAUUGAAGCUUAUGCAGCACGCAUUCCAACCAUGGAGCGCUCGAUAAGCCAGCUUGAAAAUGAGUUGAGGAAGGUCAAGAUCGAUCUUGAUGGAGAAAUAAGGACAAAGCAGGAAUAUUACAAAGAGCUGACGGACGCUUUGAGGGACCUGAGUGUCACCGAAGAUCGACUCGCAAAGGAGAGUGAAGCAAAGGAUGAGGUACAAACGAAAUUUAUUCAAGCAGUUAACGAGAGUAAAGAAUGGAAAGCAAGGUACGAUAUGGACAUGGGCGCCAAAGUUGACGAGAUGGAAGAUUUGAGGCGCUCCUUAUCGGGCAAGCUGAAUGAUGCGGAAACAUCCCUCCGCAAUGCCGAGCAGAAAGUGACGAAUCUAGAGAAGACCAAAAAUGAUUUGAUUCAUCAAAAUAGCGACCUAACAACUAACUUGCAAUCGACAGAGGAGCUGGCAGCAAAUUACAAGGAAAAGCUGAAGAAAGCUGAACACCAAGCAACUGAGUUCAAAGCAAAAUCUGAGAAACUUGCAGCCGACUUGGACGUCUCCAAAACCUAUGCUAACAAGAUCUCCCUGCAGAUCCCAAAACUUGAAGACGAAAUCAUUGUGCUUUCCAGAGAACUUGACAACAUCAGGCCUUUAAACAGGACAUUGGAAGCUAAGCUUGGCGAGACAGCAGAAAAACUUGGUGAGACGAAGAAGCAGCUUGGCAUCACAGAAUCAAAGGUUGAGCAACUGGUUCUCCAGAGGGAUGAUCUCAAUGCCACAAUCGAGGUCGUAGAAAACGAACUUGAUGACGAAAGAAAGAAAACCGUAUCCUUGGCUACUGACCUUGCUAACUCAAAGCAGGACGCUGAGAGGCAGCUUGCAAAUGUGAAAGAUGCAAUGGAGUCAAUGAAGAAGAACUUGGAGUUCCAGAUUAAAGAGCUGACAGACCAAGUGGACAAAGAAAUAAGAGCGAAGCAAGACAACAUCAAGAUGAGGAAACUUGCGGAGGAGCAGACACUCGAGUAUGAAAGCCAACUUGACGAAGCAAAAAUGGCAAUUUCUGACCAAACGAAGACGAUCAAACAACUCCAGCAAAGCCUGAAGGAAACAGAAGUCGCAGCAGCUGAAGCGAAGAAAAACUAUGAGGAAACGAAAAAAGUUGCCCUCGAUGCACAGGACCGAGCUGAUAAGAUAAGCACUGAGUUUGACAUUGUCACCGGACGACUGGAAACGUCAGAUAGAACGGUGAAAAUGCUUGAAAAGAACAAACAGGAACUGUCAGAGCAACUUAAGGACAUAACGAAUCAAUUAAGAGCACAAGAAGAACAGAAGAAAGAGCUUGAAGACCAGGUUUUUUUCUUCAAAGAUGAAGUAAGAGAGCUGAAUGACGAAAUAAAGUCUAGCAUGGACAAGGCUGCAAGAUUGAACAACGAGAUCACACGCCUCAAUGGUGAGCUUGAAAGAGCAAUCAAAGUGUCUGUGAUCAUGGAAGAAGGAAAGAAGGACGCAGAACAAAGGUGCAGCGACCUUGAAGAGCGCAUGAUGGAAUUGGAAGAAAUAGGGACAAAGCUGUUGAAGAGUGAAAUCAGGAAAUUGGAGCAAAAGGUACGAGAUGCAGAGGCAGGGCGAGAUGUCGAGACGAGAAGGUGCGUUGAGGCCCAGAAAGGAAUGAAGCGGUUUGAGAAAAAGGCAAGGGACACAGAUGUGGAACUGCAGGAAAGCAUUCGACAGGGCAAAUCAUACCAGGAUCAAAUUGACAGACAUCUUGCUGAUUCUCGUAAGCUCAGACAGCAGUAUGAGGAGGCACGUGCGGAAGCAGACCUAUUCAAAACAAAAUACUACAAGAUCCAAGCAGAACUGGAGGAUGCAGAGCAGCGCAAAGAUCAUGCAGUCAAAGCACUGAUGGCCAGGGCAAGAGCAAGAAAUACUUGAGGACAUUGGUCAGGUUCUAGUGUGCAUAAAAUAGAAUAGACAGCUGGAUCAUUUUAACUUCUUGGUAAAGGAAAUGUGAUGUGAACAUUGACAAUUCAAAGGAAAUCUUUGAUACAACCGUAAUUUUAAAGAAACUUGAUAGCAUUAACCCGUAGACUGAUUGUCAGAGUUUAGAGUCUCUAACAGCUAAUAUAUUUUGCUUUAUAUUAAUAUUUUUUAAAAAGACAAGGUUCCUUGAAAUCAAGGCUAAUUUUUUUCAACAUCUUUCCAAAUUGUCUUGUAAUCU